AUAUUGUCUCUCUGCAUAGAUUUAUCAGACUCGUUUGACUCAACACUAAAGAAUAAUACAUUUUUAAAACAGUUCACUCAAACACCUGCGUCUAAUAUAUUUCAGAUUUUAAAAUUUGCAGUUUACAUUCUGUAGUGUACUGAGGUAUUUUAUGAUAAUUUUACAUUUAAUAAAGUGAUUAAUAAGACACACAAAGUUCAAAUGGAUUUUCAAAUCGUUAAAUUGUGGAUUCAACAGUAAUGUUGCAUAAAUAGAAUAAAAUCUCCAACUUAUUAAGUGUUUUUUUUUCUCAUACAAUUGUUUUCACUGAACGCGUCGCAUUCACUAUUUUAAUCUUUCAUUACAAGGUCAAAGUAAAUAUGUUGUCAACAAAUGUAUUGUACACAGCAUUACUGCUUUUAUAUGUAACUACCGAAGUUUUUUCUAUGAGUAACACUGCAUCAGUAUUUCGUAUCACACCUAAGAAAGAUGAAGAAAUCAAAGUUUUAUAUUCCUUGGACAGAGAUGUGGAUGGUAUUGAAUUUUGGAAGGAUCCGUCGGGAAUAAACAAACCUGUUGAUUUGAUGGUUCCGGAAAAUCACAUAGAAACUUUCGAGUACGCGAUGAAAGACCAUGAUUUGACGUAUAGUGUUCUAAUAGUCGAUGUGCAGAAAUUAUUAAACAAUACAACCAGACUUAAACGCAGUAAAAAUUCCGAAAACUUUGGAUUCACGCGGUUCCAGACGUUGGAUGAAAUCUACAACUGGUUGGAUAACUUGGCUCUCGCUUAUCCGAAUAACGUGGAAAUAAUCGUGGGUGGAAAGAGUUUUGAAGGCCGCCCGAUCAAAGGAGUAAAACUCACCUUUGCUCCGGGUAAGUCGGGCGUUUUCAUCGAGGCUGGAAUUCACGCACGGGAAUGGCUGUCGCAUAGCACAGCAACGUUCUUGAUAAAUGAAUUACUGACUAGUAACGAUCAGGACGUUCGUAAGCUUGCACAAUCGUUCGAAUGGUACGUCUUUCCAUGUUUCAAUCCUGAUGGCUACGCUUUUACACAUUCUGAACCUCAAAACAGAAAAUUUAGAUUGUGGCGUAAAACGAGAACGCCUUAUGCUACUUAUGAUUGUUGGAACGAAGAAUUCUGUGAACGACGUAUAUGUCACGGUGCCGAUCUCAAUCGAAAUUGGGGAUUCCACUGGGGCGGUCCUGGAAGUGGCCAGAACGAAUGCGCUGAGGUUUUUGCCGGACCAGCUGCUUUCUCAGAGAUCGAGUCCAAAACUUUGUCUGAAUACAUAACUUCUAUCUCUGAUAAACUUUUUGCGUACAUAAGCUUUCACACCUACAUUGAAAAGCUUAUGUUUCCUUACGGCCAUACAAGUGCUCAUUUGGAUAACUAUGACCAACAGUAUACAGUAGGCCUUGAAGCCAUCGACGGACUUUCGAAAAGAUACGGAUCUGAAUUCGAUGUUGGAAAUAUUGCUGAAAUUCUCGGACGACCAGCUAGUGGUGGUUCAAUAGACUGGGUAAAAGCAAACUUCGAAGUUCCUUUCGUUUACUGCUACGAGCUGCGCGGCCGGACAAAAGCUGGACAAAUGUACGGGUUCGUGGCUCCGCCGAGUGAAAUAAUUCCCAGUGGACAAGAAGUCCUGGACUCACUCGUCGCUAUGUUCAAAGCAGCUGCCAAUUAUUAUCCGCAAUUGAAACGUACAUCAGAAGCACCGCUGCAUGGAUCAGAGUCGUUGCAACUUCCUCUUCAAUAAUAAAUUGUUUUUACGUUAAUUUAUAGGCAAUUAUAAACUACCCAAGUAAUGAUUUAAAUAAAAAUUCUCUUUUAUUACCACA